AUGGAACUAUGGAACAUGGAAUGAUGGAAUAUUCUAUAGAAGCAUUUCUCUACCUAAGCCAUCCCACCAUCACUCUUUAAGAGAAGUAAAGGGGAACUUAUCAUCAGUUGUUGAUUUUCAACAAUAAACAGAACUUGCAAAGAGGUUUUUAUGGGAUUUAAGCCUUACAGAAUAUGGCAAGCACUACUAUUGGAAUUCAAAAUAUGACCAGAAUCACUACAGACAAUUCCACAGUGCAGACAGAGAUCUUCUCAGGCAUUAACAUCUUCAUAAUAUGCAUUUACUUUGCCAUCCUUGUUGUAAGUCUCAUUGGAAAUGGGCUCGUCAUAUUUGUGACUGGUUACAAAAUGAAGACGACAGUCAACUCCAUUUGGUUCCUCAACUUGGCGAUUGCAGACUUCAUCUUCUCCUUAUCUCUACUCAUAAGAGCACUUUUAGACAUACACAGUAUCUGGCAUGUUGGUACCUUCAAGUGCAUAUUUCUCUGGUUCAUUAUUUACCUAAACUCAUUUACUAGCAUUUUGCUGCUGACGACUAUUAGUCUGGACCGAUGCCUGAGCACAUGGAUGGUUGUGUGGUCCCGUAAUAAUCGAACCGUAUUCAAAGCCAGAAUCAUCUGCGUGAUUGUGUGGGUUUUAUCCAUCGGCUGCUGCAUCCCUGCAUUCAUCAAUUGCUCAGCAACAAAGAGUGAAGGAAUCAAUGGCUAUCCUAUUCAAUACUACAAGUUUCUGAUCAUAUCCAGGUUUAUUUUGGCCUUUGUCAUCCCCUUCCUGAUCAUUGCAUCUUCAUAUAUAGCUAUUGGUGUGCGAGUCAAACGUCUCAAAAAGGAGAAUAAGUUCAGGUCUUACCGGGUCAUUAUAGCUGUGGUCCUGGCAUUUUUCAUAUGCUGGCUUCCUUAUCAUGUAUACAAAUUGUAUUAUAUAAGUGUAAAAGAGAAGCAGUUGAGCGAUUCUGCUAAAGAGGUUCUUUCAAAAAUUAAAGUUGUAGUUAGCUUCCUGGUUUUUCUAAAUUGCUGUCUGAACCCCAUUCUCUAUGUGUUCAUGUGUGAUGAGUUUAAGAAGAAGCUGAAACAGUCUCUGCUGCUGGUGCUGGAGACGGCGUUUGCUGAAGAUCAUCUGGACUUCUGAGUCUAAAAGCAAACAAAAGAUUCCACCAUCUCUAUUCCUGCCAGCUGCCAGCCACAUAAAGACAAACAAAGCACUCAUAAUUUAUGGUCAUACAGUGUAAGACGUCAUUCGAAACUGUAAAGGGUGUGUUUUAAUUUGCAUAAACUCACAAAAAAACAAAAAAAAAAAAACAUUGUUCUUUUGUAAAAUAAAGAAAACAAACAGGAUAUGUCUCCUUUUCUGUUUGUGGAGCAUGUCACAAAAAUAAACCAAAACUCACACAUAUUACUUGUCACACCAUUUUAUCCUUUGUUUUGUUAAACUGUUAUUUAAGUGAAAUAUAUUUUGUGUAUAGGCCCAUUUAUUCCUUAUACAUAAAUGUAUUGUAUUUUUCUCUGUUCGCAGAAGCUCUGCAGGUAUGUGAUGUGAUGAUGUGUGAAUCCUCAUGUUCUGUUGUUUAUGCUGCUUUUUGUGCAUGAGCUUGAAUGGCAGAAAAAAAAAGAAGUUACUAAUGCUGAAUUUGUAAAAAAAAAAAAAAAAAAAAAAGUCAUAUUUAUGUCCUGACUGUCAGUUAUUUGUGAAGUAAAUCUGUUGUAAAUGUAUAUAAUUAACAAGAAAAAUGUAUAAUACAGUUUUGUAAUAAAAUAAAAGGUUUGCUUAUUUGCAGAUCAAUAUAUA